AUGGCCGCACACGAGGCCCUGCGGACUGCCGCGGCGGAGACGGUAGCGGCGAGACAGCUUAGCCGAGCGCUGCUCUCGGCCGCCGGCACUUGCCAGUCGUGGACUGCGCCCCAUGAGGAGGCAGUCCAUCGCUUUCUAGUUUCCUGCAGGCGGCACCAGGACGGCGGCGACAGCUCCUCCCCGUUCCUGGCGCCGUCUCUGGUGGCCGCCACCAUCGACCCCCACCUUCUCCCCCACCAGCCCCUCGCUCUGGGUCUCUUCCACUGGGCCUCCCAUCAACCCGGCUUCGCCCACACCGCUCAGACCUACCACUCCGUCCUCCGCUCCCUCUCCACCUCCCGCCGCCCUACCGCCGUACAGCGCAUCCUCGAGCAGGCGCGGGCCAAGGGAGUCGCGCUGCCGCCGUCCUCCACCUACUUGGCCGCGAAGUCUCUCCUGGUCUGCAACCGGACUCUGGAGGCCUUCAGGCUCGUCGAUGGGGUACGAGCCAGGUCGGGCAUCUCACCCAGUGACGGUUCUGCCGGUGAGGUCUGCAAUUCCGUCCUCGCCGCCGCCUCAGACGAUGGGCACUGGGACCUGUCCAGGAAGCUGUUCGACGGAAUGACUCUGGGCGGUGUUGGCUUCAACGACGUCGGCUUCGGAGUUUUCAUUCAUGGGAUCUGCAGGAGCUCAGGGCUGGGAGAUGCCCUGAGGCUGGUGGACAGGAUGAAAACCCAAGCCGGGAAGGUCGACGGGUCCCUAAUGGCGGCCCUCGUCGUGGACGGUCUCUGCCAGGCGGGUAGAACGGAGGAGGCCUGGCGGGCUCUUGAGGAGUUCAGGCAUAGAGGCUGGAAGCCCGACUUCGUUGCCUACAGGAUCGUCUCGGAGGAAUUCAGGAAGGCUGGCCGAACGGAGGAGUCCUGGAAGAUCCUGAAACAGAAGAGGAAGUUUGGGGUGGCUCCAAGAGCCGACGACUACAGAGAGUACAUUCUCCGGUUGAUCUCAGAGAGGAGGAUCCACGCGGCAAAAAGGCUGGGAGAGGCCCUCGUCACCGGCGACUUCCCCAUCGACACCGGCGUCCUUAAUGCGUUGGUGGGCUCCGUCUCGGCGGUGGACGCUGCUUCCGCCUUGUCCCUGUGCAGGUACAUGGUGGAGAGGAGAGGGGAGUUCCCGACCCUUCUAACCCUGAGCAAUCUCAGCAGGAAUCUCUGCAUGACCGGAAAGAGCGACGAGCUGUGGGAGAUGUUCAGCGCCCUGCUCUCCAAGGGUUAUUUUCAGGACGCGAACGGGUACGGGCUCAUGGUCUCGUUCCUCUGCAAGGCCGGGAGGGUCAGGGACGCCUACGAGGUCGUGAGGGAGAUGAGGAAGAGAGGUCUCAAGCCCAGCGUCUCCUGCUACAACUCUCUCAUGGAGGCCUGCUGCAGGGAGGACCUCAUCAGACCCGCGAAGAAGCUCUGGGACGAGAUGUUCACCUGCGGGUGCUGCGGCGAUCUCCGAACAUACAACACCCUCAUCGGCAAGUUCUCCGAGAUCGACGACGCAGACGAGGCGCUCCGCCUGUUCCGCCACAUGGAGGAGAAGGGGGUGAUCCCCGACGAGACCACUUACAAGUCGCUGAUCCGAGUCCUGUGCCGAGUAAGCAGAACGGACGAAGCCCGCGAGAUCUUCGAGAAAUCCCGGGUGCAGGAUCCAGCAGCGCUUGCAGGCUCUGUCCUGAGCACGCUCGUCCUCCAUCUCUGCAGAGAUGGCGACUUCGCCGCGGCCUCCGCUCUGAUCCGCGGCCUCCCGCCGGCGACCGGGGCCGCCCAGAGUGGCGGCGGGAACAGCUCGCACGUCGUCCUCUUGAAGGGCCUCGCAGGAGCCGGGCUGCUGGACCAGGCCAUCGAGCAUGUGGAGUGGAUCAGAGACAAUGCUCCACCCGACCUAAAGGAGACCGUCUUGCGGGAGCUUGCCGGGUCUCUUUCCACCGCGCCGAAUCUGGAAGCUUUCCUGCGGCUACUCCAGGCGAUGCGCCGGCGAGGCCUGCUCCCCGACAGCGGUCCCUGGGCGGAUCUGUGCCAUGGACCGUAG